GCGUCUUCCUUCCGGGUCGCGCUGGGCCGCGCUCGCUGCCGCCGCGCCGCAGCGCGGGACUCUGGGAGCCGCCCCCGCGCCGGUGUCUCCCGGUGCCGCCUGGGUCGCUGGUGAAGCCCACGGCGCGCACCUCUCCCGGACCCUACAGGGUAAAAGAAUGUGACAUUUCAACAUUUGAACCUGAAAUCAGCAUGCAAUUUUCAAGGCACAUGGAUGAAUGCCAACUUUUACAUUUCCUGUGUGUAUCCUGUGACCAUUCUCUCUGGGAACAUCCUUCAAAGAGUUCAUGCGUCUUACUGAGGACACCUGACCUUUUGAAGCUUCAUAAUUCACACCUAGAUGUCACCAGUCUUUCCCAUGUUAACCGUUCUGACUAUGUUUUAUUAUAUAUGCCUUCGGCGCCGAGCCAGGACAGCUACAAGAGGAGAAAUGAUGAACAGCCAUAGAACUAUAGAAUCAAACAGCCGGACUUCCCCUCUCCACGCAGAGGUGGUCCAGUAUGCCAAAGAAGUAGUGGAUUUCAGUUCCCAUUAUGGAAGUGAGAACAGUAUGUCCUAUACCAUGUGGAAUUUGGCAGGUGUACCAAAUGUAUUUCCAAGUUCUGGUGACUUCACUCAGACAGCCGUAUUUCGAACUUACGGAACAUGGUGGGAUCAGUGUCCUAGUGCUUCCUUGCCAUUCAAGAGGACGCCACCUAAUUUUCAAAGCCAAGACUAUGUGGAACUUACUUUUGAACAACAGGUGUAUCCUACAGCCGUUCAUGUUCUGGAAACCUAUCAUCCUGGAGCAGUCAUUAGAAUUCUGGCUUGUUCUGCAAAUCCCUAUUCCCCAAUUCCACCGGCUGAAGUAAGAUGGGAGAUUCUUUGGUCAGAGAGACCGACGAAGGUGAAUGCUUCCCAGGCUCGCCAAUUUAAACCUUGUAUUAAGCAGAUAAAUUUUCCCACAAACCUUAUACGGCUGGAAGUAAAUAGUUCUCUUCUGGAUUAUUACACCGAAUUAGAUGCAGUCGUGUUACAUGGUACGAAGGACAAGCCAGUGCUUUCUCUCAAGACUUCACUUAUUGACAUGAAUGAUCUAGAAGAUGAUGACUAUGAAGAAAAGGACGGUUGUGGAAUGGACAGUCUUAACAAAAAGUUUAGCAGUACUGCCCUCAGGGAAGGGCCAAAUAAUGGAUAUUUUGAUAAACUGCCUUAUGAGCUCAUUCAACUGAUUCUGAACCAUCUUACACUGCCGGACCUGUGUAGACUAGCACAGACUUGCAAACUACUGAACCAGCACUGCUGUGAUCCUCUACAGUACAUCCACCUCAAUCUGCAGCCGUACUGGGCAAAACUAAGUGACACCUCUCUGGAAUUUCUGCAGGCGCGCUGCACCCUUGUUCAGUGGCUCAACUUGUCUUGGACUGGGAACAGGGGCUUCAUCUCUGUUGCAGGAUUCAGCAGGUUUCUAAAGGUUUGUGGAUCUGAAUUAGUGCGCCUGGAAUUAUCCUGUAGCCACUUUCUUAAUGAAACUUGCUUGGAGAUUAUUUCUGAGAUGUGUCCAAAUUUACAGGACUUAAAUCUCUCAUCCUGUGAUAAAUUACCACCUCAAGCUUUCAACCACAUUGCCAAAUUAUGCGGUCUUAGACGACUUGUUCUCUAUAGAACAAAAAUAGAGCAAACAGCACUGCUCAGCAUUUUGAACUUCUGUUCAGAGCUUCAGCACCUUAGUUUGGGCAGUUGUGUAAUGAUUGAAGACUAUGAUGUGAUAGCCAGCAUGAUAGGAGCCAAGUGUAAAAAACUCCGAACUCUGGAUCUGUGGAGGUGUAAGAAUAUUACUGAGAACGGGAUAGCAGAACUGGCUUCUGGGUGUCCGCUUCUGGAGGAACUCGACCUUGGCUGGUGCCCUACACUGCAGAGCAGCACCGGGUGUUUCGCCAGACUGGCACGCCAGCUCCCAAACUUGCAAAAACUCUUUCUUACAGCUAACAGAUCUGUUUGUGACACAGACAUUGAAGAACUGGCAUGUAAUUGUACCCGAUUACGGCAACUGGACAUACUAGGAACAAGAAUGGUAAGUCCAGCAUCUUUAAGAAAACUUCUGGAAUCUUGUAAAGAUCUUUGCUUGCUUGAUGUGUCCUUCUGUUCACAGAUUGAUAACAGAGCUGUGCUGGAACUCAAUGUGAGCUUUCCAAAUGUAUUCAUAAAAAAGAGCUUUACGCAGUGACUUCAUAUAUGUUCUAUAAUAAAAUCCAUGUGCUUUCGUAGGGUUUUAUUUUGGCGUUGGUUUUGUUUAGUUUUAUAAUGGUGGGAAUGUCUUGCUGCUCCAUUAAGGCAUUUGUAGAUUUUAAAGAAAGAUAUGAAAUUGUCCAUUAAAUCAAGUAAAAAUGUAAAGAAGUGUUUUCAUAAAAUAUUGUAAACGCUUUUCUUCAAGAAUAUGUGAGUGGGUCACAUUAUUUUUACCUUAUGUUCAUCAGUAAUAUUAUUCUUUAGUCAGUAAUUACAUGUGUAAUAAAAGAGUAAUAUGGAAACCUUUUAACUUAUUUUUAAAGGAACACGUUGAGCCAGAAAGUAUCAUGAUGUUUAAAAAUAAAAUUAAUUUUUCACACCCUCAUGUAAAGAUGUCUUAUUAUAAUAAGCCUUAUGACCUGGCCAGUGUUUUGUUUGAUGUAUACAGAAUUUUCAGAGUUAGUUGGAGGAAGAGUCUUAUUUUUUCAUGUUGUAAUUAUUUUUUAAGCUGAUACAUUAACUCUUCAAUUUGACGGUUUUAGUUUUUCCAUUUUUCUUCUGACUUAUUUAUUUUACUACUGGAUAAUACCAGUAUAGAAAUGUGGGCGUAAUCAAGAACAAGAGGUAAACUACUAAACAAAAUAACUUUCCAACUAUUAGCAGAUGCCUUAAAAAUUUGCCUGAGGGAGAGGCUUAAGACUUCUGAAAUAUACGUGGAUUAUAUCUAUUUUUUUCUGUGUCCCAGCACCUUAAAUCAUUAGAAAUCAGUUACAGUGGAGGAAAAACAAACAUUGUUUUGUUAAAAUAGUGAGUUGGUUUAGUUCUGUUGCUAAGAAAGUAAACAAAAUAUUUUGUGGCAUGAAAAGACAGGGCUGUUUUGAGUAGCAAACUAAUAUUGUGUGUAGUAUAACCAAAUUUACUUUCCCACAUAGGACAGACUGCUAAAUUCCAACAUCUGCACAUCCCAGAAUAAUCCUGUAGAACUCUACUGUCCUAUCUGGCAGCCACUAGCCAUAUAUGGCUGUUUUAUUUAAUUGUAGUUAAGUGUAAUUAAAAAUUCCAUACCUCAGUUGUGCUAGCCACAUUUCAGGUGUUCAGUAGUCACCUGAGGCUAGUGGUUAUCAUAUUGGACAUCAUUACUCUAGAAUUUCUUGUAGCCAUUUAAGAAGAAGCACACUUAGUUAAAAAAUUAGCAUGCUUAAUAUAUAUCUCUGGGCAGUUUUUGAGGGCAUUCUCAAAACUACAUAUAUGAAAGCAUUUUUCCCCCAAAGUGCAUAAGCUAGUGAAUUUAUGUAUAUGACAAAUAUUAGGCAGUCAAUAAAUAUUUAUUGAAUGAGUAAGAAUAUAUUAUUGAGCUAAGCCAUAUAAUAUGUCAAACCUUAAAAACGUAAAGGCUAUAGGGGCUCCUGGGUGGCUCAGUCAGUUGAGCAUCAGACUUUGGCUCAGGUCAUGAUCUCGUGGUUUGUGAGUUCGAGCCCCACAUCGAGCUCGCUGCUGUCAGCAUGGAGUCUGCUUUGGACCCUCUAUUCCCUCUCUCUUUGUCCCAUCCCCCACUUAGGCUCCCAAAAAAUGAAUAAAACAUUAAGAACAAUUUUUAAUGUAAAUGUUAUAAACUAGUACUAUGCUUACUCUUUUCUAGAAUAUAAAGAAUGCAAUACUGUGACAUUUGAAAUAUUAAAAUAGCAGUACAGUCUCUUCCAUAUAAGAAACCAUCUAUAUGAAGAUUUCUGUCAUGGGGCAGGACCCACCCUAUCUUCUGUUUUCAUGGCAGAAGCAAGGGCCAGUUGGGAGAGGGCUGGGUUAUCCUACACAUUACCUUCAUGCACUUGUAUUUUCUUUCCACUCACAAAUGUAUAUAAACAUUUUAGAUGUUUUAUCUGGUGGAACUUUUAGGAGGAUGAGAUUUAUAAUUUGACUACCAACUGGGUGAGGUGGUACUUUUAUCGUAAAUUAGCAACCGACAUUGAGUUGAUGCUUACUUUGGCCAGACCCUCUUUGGUAGGCUUUGUAUUCCCUGAGUCACUUAAUCUUCACAACAACCCUGUAAGAUAGAUACUGUUGCUUGCUUCCGGUUACAGUUGAGGAAACUGAGGCAAAGAAAGAUUGAAGAACUUCCUCCUGUCCACAUACCUGCUGGUGGCAGAGCCAUUUUACACACCUUGGACAUCUGGCUUUUACACACCUAGGCAGUGCGUUUAACCUGUGUUUUAAGUGUGCAGGGUGACUUCUGAUUCCGGAGCAGAGGUCAGCAAACAUUUUCUGUAAUGGACUAAGAGGCAAAAUUGAGAUUAUUAUGUAGGUAUUAUAUAAUGAGAGAGAGAAUGAAUUUCCACAAAAUUUUUAUUGACAGAAUUCAAAACAUAGUAAUGGAAAACAAUUUUUUUGUUAUACGGUUCUACUAAAGAAGAAUGGAAUACUCAUGGGGAGGAUAAUAUUUCACUCGAUUGGGAUUCAAAGUUACUAUUUCCUAUCAUCAGAAUUGAUUGUAAGUAUUCAUCUGUUAAUGUUGAUCUCUAGUAAGAUUUUACAUAUUUUGUCUUUGAAAAUAUCUUUUCAGACAGAUAAGAAUUGCCAAGUACAUAUGUUAAUCCAUGAGAGUAUUUUCCGGAGCAUAUUUAUCACUUGGAAGGCAUUGGUAGAAUUCUAUUAGAUUCUUUCCUCCCUUGGUCUUUUCCUUUUAGCCUGCUAGAGCCUUGCAGAUUAAUCCCUUCCAAUUGAGGGUUACAGCGUUGGUGGUAUAGUGGUGAGCAUAGCUGCCUUCCAAUUGAGGGUUACGUGGAAGCUCCUGAAUUGCACAAUUGAAUGGAUUUUGAAAAAUGGAAAUUUCCUUUACAUUUGCAUCAGGGUCCAAAAAACACUGCCGGACCUGUGGUUUGAGCAGAAAAUGUAUCUGCUGCAGAUUUGUGCGACAAUGGAAAUACUGCUUCUUGUCUUCCCUCUUGAGAGCACAGGGAUAUAUAAAGCUCCUGGGUGUUACUUUGUGAUUCAAAUCAUGUUAGUUGUCAUCAAAAUUACUCUAGUGUAUGUUUCCUGCAUGAACAUUGUUUUGCUGUCUCCACCUCCAGAGCUUCUGAUUCAGUAGAAUUUGCAUUUUAAUGAGUAAUCAGUCGAUGCUGAUGCUGCUGGUCUGAGGGCACUCUUUGAAAAGCACUACUCUAGAACACUCUGAAUCUGGAGGAGCCUUUUCCUGAAUCCUACAGACAGUGGGGAUAACUGUUCCCAUUGUUUUGCACUGUCUCAAUUUUUGGUUGAAUUCAUUACAGAACAUCAUCAAGUCUGCAACCAAAGCUAGAUUCCAAAGCCAUUCAGUGUUCCGUAACAGUAGUUGAGGGUGUUUUCUUUUGGUCCAGAAAAAUUGCAGUGUCAGUUCUGAACUCAGAAACUCACAAUAAAACUACUGCUGCUAAGCCAACUGGUAGAACAAAUCGGGAUGUCACCUUCCAUAGCUGACAAAAGAUAACAACUGAUGCCGGUUACAUGAAGUUCAAUGUUGAGAGCACUAGUUCAUUAACACAAGAUGAAAGUCAACCAUAUUCCACAAAAACCUGCUGUAUAUAGUACAGUGAAUAACCAUAGGGUUUUAAUACUUUGCAUCUUCACAAGUUUUGUAAAUUUGACCACCUAAGCCUUUUUUUGCUCCACACAUUCUUACCACCAGAUGUAACACAUCUUAGCAGAUUCUACUUCAGCUUGUACCAAAGUCACGUUUUCUUAACUUCUUAGAAAACACUCUUACCUAUAGUUGUUGCACACAGACUAUUCAUAGAAACUAACUCUUCAAUCACUUCAGCCUCAGCAUUGACUUAUCAAAUAAACCACAAUAA